GUGGACACUUUUAUAAUGCAUUGAAUGAAUGAAUCGCCAAUCUAUAGUUAUAUAUAUCAUUGAAUAAUUCUUAAAAAUGCUUUGGAAGGAAUUGCGAGAUAAAAUUUAUUCAAAUGAUGUGCCUUCUCAAUUGGAAGGUGUUAAUACCCUUCUACUUUUACAAAAUAGAGACACAACUGAUUUUCCUUUGGCCUUGGCUGCCACAAUAGAUUUAGUAAUACCCAAAAUUAGACAAAAAGAAGUACAACUUGAUUCAAAAAAAUCAAUAAUUUGUAGUUUGGAUCAUGAACUACCAUUCCUAUUUUCAAUGGCAAUAGUUAGGUUUGUUAACCUAGUCAUUGAAAGUUAUAAUGAAAACAAGAGAAAUUUGUUUCAACAAAAUAAUAGCCUAAUCCACCAAAGCUCAACUAUUGAAUCUAGUGAAGAAUUGCAUAAAACAGUGAAAAGGUUUAAGCUAUGCGCGAACGAUGCCACAAAGAAUAACCUGUGCACAAAUGUUGACGUCGAUGUCCAAGUCGCUGAUACCAAUAAAAUUUCUAUUAAUACCAAAAUAAUAAAUGUUGAUCCGGUCCAUAAGCAAAGUAAACUUUUAGACAUCCCAGACUGGCUGGUAAACUUGAGACACGAUGCCACGCACGGUAAUGUGCCACAUUUGGAUUGGCUUAGCUUAGGAGUCGAUUUCGCUUUACAAUGGCUAGAUGACAACUAUUGGAGUUUCAAAAUUCAAGAUUUGUCUCAAAUCGAUCUAGUAACCUCAAUCAAUAACAUUGAAGUGCUACUCAAAAAUGAUACUAAUUUUAAAUCAUUCGCCGAACAUUCACAAUCGUUAACAGAAAAAUUGAAAAGCGAUAUCGAGACAAUGUGUUUUAACGAUUUAUCUCACUUAUUCACUGCUAAAAAUACCAUGAAAUUGUGUGAUGAGUUGAUAAAUACAUACCUAGAGGCUAAUAUGGAUGAUAGAAUGACAAAAAACUGGAUAACCUUUAACAAGUUAUAUUGGAAUCCUAUAUUGAUUCAAUUGGUCAUCAAUAAUUUGUCCACGCUUUUUUUGAUACGAGUCAUCUAUAAAAAGUUUUCACCUACGUCAGCUGGCUUGAUUGAUCAUGAAAUCGUUAAAAUUAGAAGAUUGGAAUACAUUUUAAGAGGAAUCAUUAUUAAAUACGAUAAAGUUAAUAACUUUAAUACAGCCUCAAAUAUUGAAAGUUGGAAGGUUCCAAAAAAUUUUGGUAACAAUGUUGAAUGGAUUGACAUUUUGAAGAGUAUGCUGACUUUUAAUACUGACACCUUUAAACACAAAGAUGCUUCCUUGUUUAUGGAUUUGACUAAAGAAAUUUUGUUAAGACGAUUGAAAAAUGAUAAAAGGAUUGAACAAAGGAGAAGAAAUAAAAUAUAUUCAUUGAUUAAAUUUUAUCAUACUGUAUAAAAGAAAUAUUGUUAUAUAUAAAUUAAAAUCAUUUUCAGUA